GGCGGGCGGCGGGAAGCUGGACGAAAGGCGGCAGUGUGUGCAGUCGUCGGGUGUGAGGAGGUGGUGCAACAAGGAGGGGGUUUGUGGUUAAAUGCGGUUUGAGCUCCCUCAGCGGGGUCUGAUCUGUGGGUAAGGGGCUGUCAUGAAUUCUGUCACGAGUGGCUGCACGGAUGAAGGCACGGAGUAUGGAAAAGCUGAGGAUGUUGUGGGCUGCCAUGUUGAAGAUGCCAUAACGUUUUGGGCACAGAAUAUCAGUAGCUGUAAUGACCUCUUGAAAUUAAGUUGUGCUCUGGCAGAAGCUUGUCCUCGGGCUCAAGCAGCAUUUGGCAAGCUUGAUUUUAAUAAGAUCUAUGGUGGCUGUUUUUCUGAAGACAGAUGUUGGUACAGAUGUAUGGUGCAGCGUAUGAUCAACAACGAAAAGUGUCAGGUGUUAUACAUUGACUAUGGAAAUUCUGAGAUCAUAAAUAGAUCAGAAAUAGUUGAAAUUCCCGAAAACUUGCAAUAUCCAGGUGUUGCCAAGAAGUACAGACUCUGGGGACUGCAGUUACCAGCUGACCAGAACUUAAACAUGUUUGACCAGGGGAAGACGUUCUUGGGUAGCCUAGUUUUUGAAAAGGCAAUAAAAGUCCGAGAGAAGGCCAAGCAGAAGGGUGAUACCAUUCUUGUCCAGGCUGAAUGUGAAAAAGUAGACAUUGGAGAAGAGGUGGCUAAGGCGGGAUUUGCUGAAAAGAACAGAUCUCCAGGAAGCACUGAAGAUGUGGAAGAUGCCUUGCAAAACCAGCGUAAGAAGAUGAAGUCUCCUGCCCAGCUGUGGCUGAACAGACCUGGUCAUGCGCUGUGCAACCAUCCCAGAGCUUUCUUGGACCCUGUGGGUCCCACUGCGAGGAAUGAGGUUUUUGCUGGAAACCAUAUGGUUCUUACAAAGGAAAAACCACCAGCUUCUGCCCCAGUGUUUAACAGAGGUUUUACACGUGUAAGAGAUGAGAACCUGGCUGAAGAGAAUGGUGUCUUUGAAGAGGAGAAAGAAACUAACAGAAAGGAGAAUGUCAAUCUAUUGAGAAAACAGAAGGAACUAGAACUGGAAGUUGAGCAUCUGAAAGGUGAACUUCAGAUGAUUAAUCAAGAGAAGGAAGCAUCCAGGAAAAGAGCUGAAUAUCUUGAGGAAACCCUGCAUAAGUACGUUGGAACAAAAAUGAAAGAUUUGGCUGCUAACGUGAAGGUGUUGAAAGAAACAAGGCAUGCGAAAAAGAACGCUGGUUUUGGGGAGCAGCUUUCACAAGCCAUAAAACUGGUUACAGAAGGAAAUAUCACCGUUCCAUGUUCCUUGGAAAAAUUGCAGAAGCUUUGGACAGAGCAUGACUUGGCUCAGGAGAUGAUUCAGUUAUGCAAAAACGAGGAUGAAAGAGAUGAGUUGAUUACGAAAAGAAAUGGAGUGCAGCAAGACUUGUAUUCUGCAGUUAAAGAAUUUAUUUUGGAAGUGGAUCAGCUGUUCAUCUGUGAGCGCUCAGACGUAUUACAGGAACUGUCUGUUUCUUUGGAGGCAACUUAUGGUCAAGUUUGUGAAGUGAAUGAUUCUGAAGAGGUGUUUCAACAGUUCCUUAAGUGGAAGUGUGCUAAAAUAGAGGAGUUCAUUGAUAUUAGAAAUAAUACAGAUGCUGCUUUGAAAAUUCUCACUGACUUGUUCAGUGGCAUCCUAAAGUGUUUUGACCUGAGCUCAGAAGAGUCUUCUAAUACAGAGGAAAUUCCUGGUAAUGUGGAUGAAGCUCUCAAAGAAGCCGAGUUGUGUAUUUGCAAAGAGCUGAAGACAGACUUAACGGAACAUGAUGAGAAAGAGAAAGAAGUAAUUAAGAGUGCAUACAGUAAAGUUAUGCAUGAAGUUCGUCAGGAGCAAAAUCUGAUCACAGUGAUACAAAAAACAUACUUGGCCAGUGUUGAGUUCAAAAAACAAGCUGAGAAAUGGCUGAAUAAAAGACCUAAUUCUGACAACUUACUAUCAAUCAAAAAAACAGUGAAAAGUUUGAAGGCCCAGUUAAGAUGGAAGUUGACUGAGAAAAAGAACAUUGAGGAAUCUGAUGAUUACAGUGAGCUUGAAAUUACAAGAAUAAAAGAAGAAAUUGCUGCUUUGCGAAAUAAGCUUUUUCAGGAAAUAUAUAAGGAACAAGAAGAAUAUGAGAAACUUUCAUAUUUGGUACAGAAAUGGUUCCCUGAGCUGCCACUUCUGUAUCCAGAAGCAGGAAUUCUAAGCUAUAUGAAUUCAGGUGGACUUCUGUCACACAGUCUGGAGCGAGACCUUUUAGAUGCUGAACCCUUGAAGAAACUGAGCACAAAGCGGCCAUUAGUGUGUUCAGAAAUUCAGGAUCAGAAGGUUCUUCUAAAGGGAUACUCUGUAGAUGUGAGCUCAGAAGCCAAAGUGAUAGAGAGAGUUGCCAAGUAUCACAAAGCCUGGGAUCAGCAGAAGGAGGAAUCCAGUUUAUUACAGCUGUUGUUUCUUCUUUUCUGCAAGUCUGAUCCUCUGAUGUAUUUAAUGGUCCCGUACUACCCUGGAGCAAGUCUGACUGCUGUGCAGGCUGAUACACCUUUAACUUUAGAAGAGACAUUAAAAGUGAUGAAAGGAGUGGCCCAAGGUCUGCAAACAUUGCAUGGAGCUAACAUAGUACACGGAUCUCUGCAUGGAAAUAACGUUUUUGCUGUGAAUCGAAAACAAGGAAUUGUUGGAGACUUUGACUUCACUAAAUCAGAGGAGCAACGUGCUGCUGCAGACACGAUGGUCAUUGGUACUCUGAGCUUGGUUUCUCCUGAACUGAAGAUGGGACAGCCAGCUUCUCCUGCUUCUGACAUGUAUGCCUAUGGCUGCCUUCUGUUCUGGCUUUGCAUUCAAAACCAAGAAUUUGGCAUGAAAGAAGAUGGAACACCUGAGGUGGAUGCGGUUGACAUGGAUGAUAAAGUUAAAUCUCUUAUCCUGAAUUUGUUCUGCUGUGACAGACUGACAGCUGAGCAGGUGCUGAGGAGCGAUUGCUUUCUCUUAGCUGAUGCUGAUCCAGUUCCUACACAGCAAGGUGAAGAGCAUGAGCUGCCUGAGGAACAACAUGAUUCUGAGAAGAAAGAUGAAGAGGAAGAUGCAGUUAACUCUGAGGAGAAUGCAUUAAACUCUACCCAAUAGAUACGGAGCUUGUCUAUCUGGUGUUUGACGCUUCUGUUUUUGUUUUGAGAUCAGUUGUCCUGAUUUAAAAUCUCAAAGUAUAAAUGGUUUGAUAGGUGUAGUCAUGUUUUAAAUAAUCAUUGUUUUCUUUAACGUACAAAGUCUAAGAGUUCAGAAAUAAGUGAUUUUUUUUUUUUUCCCGCCCUUUUCUUUGCCUGGUAUGUAGGCUUUGUGUUUAUGAAGUAUAGUUUGUUAGUGAUGGGAGUAUUUAAGAUUAAGGUCAAGUGACUUUUGUAUCCAACUUUCUAUCCCUCUUGCUGCAGUUCUGGAAUACAUGUUCCUACUAGAGAUGCUCUAGGGUGAUAUCUUUUCAGUUAAGUUUUUUGUUGCUGCAGUCAAGGUAUUUCCUACUGCGACUGUCUUCAAGAUUUAAGGAAAAAAACACGAUAUCAACUGGUCUAGAAAAUAGGAAGCAAGCUGUCUCUUCCCUUUCUGCAUUUCAAGACUUCUAAAUUGCAAGCAUUGUUUCAGUUGUUCUUUCACAGUGUUGCUGUGCUAAGUGGAAUACUACCCUGGUGUGUGUUGCAGAAAUCACUGCUUAUCUGUUCUACUCUGUGUAUCAUUUGUUCUUAGAUAUUGUUGACUGUAGUUUGGCAUUUUGAGCUUGUUUACUUGCCUGCAGCGCUUUUCUGUUAGUGUUACCCUUAAAAGAGUUUUGUUAGCACUUUAUUUUAUAGGAAACUGUUGCUUAUCUAUAGUUCUUCUCUCUUGGGAGAGGAAGAGGUUAAUGUUCAGAAUUUCUGUAGCGAUAGGUUUAGCCUCUGGGUGUUGCUCUUGGACAGUGCUGUUGGCAGACUAGUAUUUUGCAGAGGAAUUACUGAAGAUGCAUGUUGUCAGAUGAAGAAUGUAAAAAUUUGGUGUGUAAUGGGCAAGAUGCAGCAGCAGGGAAACUAGAAAGCCCUCAGGUACAAUAAUAGUCAACAGUAGAAUAUAUCAUUCUGGCAGUUCCUUCUGUGAUAACAGGCUGGCUUGCCUAUGUCACUGUUCUUUACUCAAAGUAAAAUGCCUGGUCCUAUUUUCAUUGUAAUGAUUUUUUAUUUCUAUUGUGUAUGUAAUUAAUGUUAUUAAAACACUUGUUAAAAUAAUUUGAACUUCUUGGUUAGUGUGAUUAAUGUGUUUCUGUUGCUGAAAUCUCAGAAGACUGAUUUCCUUCCUUUUUGUUGGUGAAAACAACUGUGAGCAGUUCUGUGGGAUGCUUUCCAAAUGCUGAUUGAAGCCUUUUGCUGUUCACAAAUGCUAAAUUCAGUAUUAAAUACUGAACUGUUUGUAACUGUAACCUGUUGUUCUGUCAUUUAAUAAACUUUUGCCCAGUUUUCUGCA